CACCAAUUCAGCAGUGCAGCUAUAAAGAACAGACCAAGUGUGCGUGUACAGUGUGCACGUGAGAGUGAAACAGUUCGGCCUGUUGCUUGAUGAAGUAUUGUUUAAUUAAGUGCAAAUAUAAAUUAUGGCUAACACCGAUAUCCUUGAUAAUAUUAUAUUCAGAUUCGAUGAUAUUCGAUCACUGGAACGAGUGAGGAAUGGAAAAACCAAAGUUGACUUCAAAGCCAAUAUAAAAUAUGUCUACGAUUUCACCAAGGAGCAAUCUCGCAGAAAAACCAAUGCGUUGCCAGAAUUGGUUACGAAAGAUUUUGAUGAAGAACAAAUUUGGCAACAAGUGGAAUUGCAGAACGAAGGCGAAAUAACGCAUCUCUUUAUUGAUGUUUCGAAAGUUUUGACCAGCAAACAGUUAAUGAUUCCUGUGUGCCCUACUAAACCUGAACCCGUACAAGUAACAACUGAUGAAUUAUACCAAGAGGAUGCUAACAUAUCUGAUGAUAAGGACUCAGAAAAUGAGAAUGAGUUGAAAAGUAGUUUAAAGAAAAGAAAAACGAAGCAAAAGAAGAAAAAAGCAUCUAUUGUAGAUGAUAAAUUCUUCAAAUUACAAGAAUUAGAUGAGUAUUUAAAUAAAGAAGAGAAAAAAGAGAAACGGAAUGAUCGUGAAUCUGAUGACGAGUCGGUAGAUUUAUUUAACGAUUUUUCUGAUGAGGAGGAUGAAGACAGUGAAAAGAAAUACAUAAAGUAUGCAGACUUCUUUGAUAGUCCUGAGAGCGAAAAUGAGCAAUAUCAGGAAAAUAGAAAUUCGAAUCACGAGGAUAACAUUGACGAUUCUGAGGAGGAAGGACCGGAGGAUGAAGACGAAGAAAUGAGCGGUAGUGAAAAGGACGAGAAUGAACGGAAAGACAAAAGAGUAAGAUUUAAUUUGACCAACGACUCGGAUGAGACAGAUAGCUUAGAUAAUAAAACGAGUAUAAAGAGACAACGUACAGACGGAAAUGAGGAAGAAGGUACGAAGAAGAAAGCGGAGCCCAAGUCCAGCUUGGAAACUCGUCAGGAGAGAUUGCUGACGAGGAUCAAGGAGCUCGAGGACGAAGCGAUUGGCGAGAAGCCGUGGCAGUUGAAGGGUGAAGUGAGCGGUACAAAUCGACCGCAAAAUUCUCUACUGGAGGAAUUUGUGGACUUUGAUAUAACCACGAGGCCGGCUCCCGAGAUCACCGAGGAGACGACGAUUAAGCUGGAAGACAUUAUUAAACAGCGAAUUAAGGACAAGGCCUGGGACGACGUCGAGAAAAAGUUCAAGCCAGUCGAGACGCCGUUGGAAUUCAAGAAGAAACUACAAUUAGACCAGCAGAAGAGCAAAGAAAGCUUGUCGCAGAUAUACGAGAAGGAGUAUUUACAACAGAAGCGAGCGGCGGAUCCAGAAAACAACGAGAAGCAGGAACAGACGCCAGAAUUGCACAAUGAGAUUCGACAAAAGAUGCGUUCGUUGAUCUAUAAGCUGGACGCAUUGUCCAAUUAUCAUUACACUCCCAAGCGGGCUAAACCUGAGAUUAAAAUUAUUAGUAACCUGCCUGCGAUUAAUAUGGAGGAAGUAGCGCCAGUUGCCACUAGUGAUGCCGUUUUACUAGCACCUGAGGAAGUCAAAGCCAAGCCGCGUGGCGAUCUCAUCGGUAAAGCGGAAAGAACGAAAACCGAUAUGAAGCGUGAGAGAAGGCAAAAGAAAUUGAGGCAAGGAGCCAAACAGAAGCGAGCAGAAGAGAAGGAGAAAGAGAAAGCACUGAGACCAGGAAUCGCUAAAAAGUAUAAAAAUAAGAACGAAAAAGCCGCGUUGAUCAAGACAUUGAUUAAGAACAGAAAAAUUACGGAAGCGGACCAAACGGCAGAAAAAGCCGCGAAGUCCUCGACAGCGUUCUUCGCGAAAUUGCAAGAUCAAGUUAAGACCCAAUUAAAAACGAAGACUGCUUCUGUAUCCAAGAAGAAAGAUAAGAAAGCAAAGCUGAAACUGUGAAUUUAAUAUUAUUGUUUAUGUUGUGUAUAUAUCCGCAAUUUUGUAGAUUUGUCUAAAUAAAUUUAAAAACAGAUUGUUUAA